AUGACAACUCGCAAUCCUCUGUUCUACCAAUCGUCGAAGUGUGUCGCCCGGUACUUGGAGGCUAAUAUAAGAUUUCAAUUGUUCCUACGAUGCCCCGGAUUCUGUUCUGUGCACAAGACCCAACCUGUCAGAAUCCAUGAAUUGAAAGUGCGUCCGAACAAUUUUGAGGUCAACGGCACCGUCUUUAGUGUAGGAAUCAUAAGGAAAUACCCAGCAACUACACCGACUCCAAAAUCUGUUAAAAUCUCAAAUGCCGGCGGUGGAAUCCAGUAUGACGUGGAUAGGUAUGGAAUAAGAAGAGAUGGACAAGAGGAGACUCGAGAAAUGACGGGUGCAAUGCGUGACGCCGCUCAACUCAACUUUUUUGAAGAUCUGUUGGAAUGGAUGGCGAGGGAUCGUGAGAGACAGAGAUGGGAUGUGGACUGGGGUCUUCUGAUUGAGGCGAGACAAUUGGAGAUUCUCUCCUAUCGUAUGCGAAUGACUAACCAGGAGCCACCAUUCACUCAAUAUCUACAAUUGACGAUUACCAAUGGCACUGCGCAAAAAGUAGAACUUGUGGAGUAUGACAAGAAUCUAAAGUUCACCAGGAAUUACAUUCUCGGGAAGAUCUUUGGAGUGGUUAAAGUUCAAGUAGGAAGCCUUCAAAUCGGAGAAGACAAAUUCAACUCACGUUUGGGCUUUUAUCGUGCUGAAGAUGAAGAGAUAGUUCUCGAGCAACCGGGCAACGCGUUUCAUAUGAGUCCACGCGAUGGUCAAAUUGAACCAUUGUUGCCAGUUCCAGAAGAAACAUUGAAAAUCGGAGAGAUGAUUGUCACUGGGAAUUUGAAAAACGCUUUGGCUAGUAUUAAAACAUGUCUAUCCGAGAACAAUCCCCCCUUUAAAAAGUUAACAUGCGCAUAUCAAUCAUUUCCGGAUGAUCCACUCGUUCAAACCGCUAAACUUAUAUGUAUUGCCCGUACAGCAAGUCUUAGGGUGUUCAAUGGGAAAAUCAACAAUAAUCGAAUUCAUCUCAGAAGUUGUAACAUUCAGCAAAAGAGCUUUAGGAAUCUUGUCAACAAAUGGGCGAUGGAGAAAAGCGAGAUUGGGAGAUUCUACUCCAUUGGAUUCAACAAAGUCAAGGAAAUUGAGGAGUUCUUCUCUCUGUUCAUAAACAUUCCAGGCGCUGAAAGAGGAGAUAACGAGGAGACUAGAUGGUCUGAAUUCCCAGAAUGUAUCAUUAUCCCAAUGAGAGACGAGACCGAGUUGAAUGUGUGGUUUGAAAAAACAAACGAGGAGGAUAAGGUGUACUGUAACACUAAAUAUAUAGUGAAGAUCAAAGUGCAGAACAGCGGAUAUGCACAAGUUCAUGGAUCGUUCUAA